AUGUACAGCACAAGCACGGCGGCCGAAAACAACAAUCAACAAACAACACGACGAAAUACUACGACGACGAGUAUUAAUACCACAGCUGCUGGAGAUAUGUUUGGAUAUUCGUUUUCUCAACAACAACCCCAACAACAGCAACCAUCCACAACCACCACAGGAAUUUCAUGGGCUCAACAACCCUCAACAACACUGGUUCCGUCGUUGCAAAAUCAAGGCUUGUUUCAUUUGAUGGCUUCUUCUCAAUUCCGACAUUCACAACAACAACCACCAUCACAGCAACUUCAUCAUGUAAAUUCCAAUAAUAAUCAUACAACAAAUCCAUACAACGUUCAAGCCAGUAAUAACUCUGCUGUCGUGAUAGUAUCAAGUGGUUUUGGACAAUUGGAUGAUGCCGAAAUAGAUCCUUCGGGUACGGCCAUGCUGGACUCGGGAAUGGCUUUGGCGAACAACACGGAUAGUUUUCAUCAAAACAACCACACGACAGAAUUUGAUGAUAUCAAUAAUAUGCUCAUGCAAUUCAAUAGCAAUGAACAAGUACAUCCAUUAGAGGAUAUAUCUCUGUAUCAUCAUCAUGAGGAAGAAUUGGAGCAACAUCAAGUGCAAUCUCAACAAGUCGAUGAUGAACAAACUCAACUGGAACGAAUUAUGCACAUCCCUCUCAACGAUCAGCGUCAGUAUCAUCACUACCAAUUUGAUGGAUGUGAUUUUGCAUUGCCGUAUCGGUAUCAACCUCUUUUGAGAGUCGUACCUCCAUCAUCAUCAUCAUCGGAGAGUGUAAAGGCACCACAGCAGGAAGUUGUUUUUCUUGGACGGGGAGCUUAUGGUCAAGUAAUUGCAUGUGCAGACUUGGAACACAAUGGAGCUAUUGUGGCCAUUAAGAAGGUGCCGAAAGUUUUUGACAAGGCAGCUUAUCGCAUGUUGAGAGAGGUUAAAAUAAUGAAACAUUUGAGAGGUCAUCCCAACAUUGUUACCUUAAUUGAUAUUUUUAUUCCAGGAACUACACUAGGUGAAUUCAACGAUUUGUAUAUUGUUUCGGAAUGUAUGAACGGAGGCGAUUUGGGGCGUGUCAUGUCAAAUUUAUGUAAAUGCAAACAAAGCUUCUCUGUGGACAAUAUUCGAGAUAUUAUGGGACAACUGUUGAGUGCCAUGUUCUUCCUACAAAGUGCUGGGGUUCUUCACAGAGACAUGAAACCAAGUAAUAUUUUGCUCAAUCAAAAUUUUCAACUCAAAUUAAGUGACUUUGGAAUGAGUAGAAGCGAUGUGUCACACCAACAAAUUACAAAUCCACAGAGCUUGGCAGUGGUAACAGAAAUUUAUAGACCUCCUGAGGUAGUUCUCAAUUACGAUUUUCAAUCAUCCGCCAUCGAUUCAUGGUCUAUUGGAUGCAUAUUUGCUGAACUUUUGUACAUGCUUCCUCCGCUGCCAAAGAGAAGACCACUCUUUGUGAUUUUAAAAGACAAUGAAAUUCGAGUGCCAAACCAUUAUGAACAUUUGAACUUGAUGGCCUCACUUCUAGGACGACCCAAUCCACAAGAUCUCAAAGGUAACCCACAACAUGUACGAGAAUUAUUGAGGUUACUUGAAAAUUUCCCAACUCAAGGAUAUGACUUUUCACAAAUUUUCCCAUCAGCUCCCACUGAGGCAAUAGAUUUACUCAAGAGGUUCCUGACUUGGAAUCCUGAAACUAGAAUAUCGUUUGAGGACGCCCUCAAUCAUUCCUUCAUUCGAUCAAGUCCCAUGAUCAACAGAAUAAGUGCCACUGAGAAGAUUAGCUCACUCGACGACGAUGCUUCGUUCAGCUCUGAAAAGCUCAGGUUUCUCUUCUAUAAGGAAAUUAUUUCAUGGGUCGAUCAAAAUAAACAUAACACCACAACACGUCGUUGA